AACUGCCGGCGCCAUGCGGGGUUCUAGCUGGACCCGGAGGAUCAUUCCCGUCUCGGCCCCGGGCCGGAGUCCAACUACCACUACUAGUACUUACUAGUGCCGUCCGUGCUCAUACGACAGGAUGUCCUCCCCAGCGUAUAUAGUCCCUGACCUCUUUGGUAACCCUGCGAUGCCACUCUCUCCCUGGUCUUGUAAGUUGCUCUGUGUGUUUCUCCAUCACAACGAACCAUAAAAACCACGCACACCAUGUCCACUACACCCAAGUCCAUCAUCGUCACCGGCGGCGCAAGCGGCAUCGGGCUUGCCAUAACGCGGCACUUUGCCUCGCAGGGCCACCGCGUCGCCAUCCUCGACCUGGACGCCGCAUCCGGGCCGGGCGUGGCUACCGCGGUGGCCGCCGAGUUCCCGCAGUCGGCCGUGUCGUUCCACCAGUGCAACGUCGUGUCCUGGGACGAGCAGGCAGCUGCGUUCAAGGCGGCGUUCCGAGAGCAUGGCGGCAGACUCGACGUGGUUGUCGCCAACGCCGGGGUGUCGGAGCAGGGCGCCACGACGCUCGUGCGGCUUGGUGCUGAGGAGGAAGAGGAGGAGGCGGAGCCGGCGCGGCCGAAGAUGACCACCGUCGAGGUUAAUUUGGUGGGGGCUAUUUAUUCGGUGAACCUGGCGGUGCAUUACAUGAACAAGAAGCCAAAGACCGAAGCAGGAUCCAGGGGAUCAAUUAUCUGCACCGCUUCCAACGCGGGCUUGUACCCUUUUCCUAUCGCCCCGUUGUAUGCGACAUCCAAGUUCGGAGUGGUGGGCCUGGUGCGGUCGACGGCGAGAUUGGUCGAGAAGGCGAAUAUCCAGAUCAACGCGUUGGCGCCUGCUGUGUUAGACACAAAUAUCGCCCCGGACAAAGAUCUUUUCAAACACAUGGUCGUCACUCCCAUGGAGACGUUGAUCCGGGGCGUGGACCAGUUCCUCGCUGAUCCUUCCGUCUCGGGAGCCGUGGCUGAGAUCCAUGGGGAUAAAGUGACGAUUAGGCCGCCGCAUGAGUUUGUGGACGAGGAGAGCAGGCAAAACAUUGAAACGUUUUGGAGGCUAGGAUACGCGUGAUCUUUGAAUUGAUUCCUCUUCCUUUGUCUUGAAGUCACGGAACCCAACACAAUCAAAUUGUUUGGGUGGUGGUCG